UAAUUUCAGCUCCCAAGAAAUCUCCUUGCCUCUCGGAACUGUCAAAGAAGGCCAAAGCAGGGCUGAAAAACAUAAAUUGAAGAAGAAACUGUUCAAAUCAUGGCGCUCCGCAAAAUGCUUUCCGGGCGCUUCGUCCAUUUCACCAAGUAUUCCUCCACUCGCGCAGCCCACCCUCCUCCCUCGCCAGAUCUCCGGAGGCUCCUCCCCGGCAGCACAACCGCCGGCACCUCGAAUCGCCGGAUCCUUCUCCAGCGGCGAUCAAUCUCCCAAUCGGGGGCGGCCGUGCUGCCGACAUCCAUUCGGAAUCCUCUCCCUGUUGGCGAUAAUCUGAUCGAGCGCAUCCGAUCAUCCAUGAUGCAGGAUCGAAUCCGGAUUGACUCUUUCGUGCCGCCGUUGCAUGUAAGGGAGGAGGGAGGGGAAAUGUCCAAAAUGGUGAUUUCUGUGGCGGAUUUGAGAAAAGUGCUCAAGGCGUCGCAGAUCGAGGCUGCGAGGGCGAAGUUGAGAGGCAUUCCGAGCAGCUAUGUGGGAUAUUCGGAGUUUGCCGAGAUUUGCCGCGAGGCAGCCGUCGGAUCCGACGAAUGUGCGCAGGAAAUCGCGGCGGCGCUCGACCAUUCCGGCGCUGUCAUCGUCCUUGCAGAUGUCGUCUUCCUUCGCCCUGAGCAGCUUGCUCGGGCAAUUGAGAGCGUGAUCACUCCGCAACCGCAGCCCAUCCCGCGCGUGGCUGAUGAUGUACGAUCAAACGAGCUGAAGGAGAUGGAGGUUGAGAAGGCGGCAAUAGAUAAGAAGGCAGAGGCCCAGGUGAAGAAAGAACUAUGGGCUGGGCUGGGCCUUUUGCUUAUCCAAACUGCGGGCUUUAUGCGACUGACAUUCUGGGAGCUUUCAUGGGACGUGAUGGAACCCAUCUGCUUCUUCACAACGUCCCUCUACUUCAUGCUGGGCUACGCCUUUUUCCUGCGCACCGCCAAGGAGCCUUCCUUUGAAGGCUUCUUCUCAAGCCGCUUCGCAGCCAAGCAGAGGCGGCUCAUGAAAUCGCAUGGCUUUAAUUUGUCAAAAUUCAACGAGCUCAAAAGCGUUAAUUCCCAAAUUUGCAACGCCUCUUCUUCUCACUUGUAAACGAACCAAGUUUGAUCUAAAAGUCAACUGUUUGACAUUACUUUUGCUUCUUCUUUUUUAUUCUAAAAUUUUGGAUAAAGCAUAUUUGAUAAAUGUUUCUAAUCUCUUAAAUAAA